AUGGACAUCGUGAGAUCAUUUCUCAAGGUGACAGGCCAGCGAAAGUUCCUGCUCAUUGCUUUUAGCAUCCCCCGUCGGCUCAUCUCGGAUAAUGGAAGACAGUUCGCGGGUCAGAAGCUGAGGAAGCGUUGCGAAGGCUAUGGCAUCCAGCAGUCCUUCACCUCAGUCGCCUACCCCCAGAGCAACGACCAGGCGGAGGUCACUAACCGGGAGAUCCUCCGAGGCUUACGAACUCGGCUCGACCACAUAGGAGGUAGCUGGGUCGUUGAGCUCUCAAGCGUCUUGUGGGCACUUCACAUGACUCAAAAGGAGGUGACCAGCGUAACACCAUUCCAGCUGGUGUACGGAGGAGAAGCGGUGGUUCUUGUAGAAGUUGGAGUAGAAUCCGAUCGGGUGCGACUCUACGAUGAAAGAAAUAGCGAGCGAAGGUUAAUGGAGCUUGACUUGGUGGAUGAAACGAGGGAUAAAGCGGUUGUUUGGCUAAUGACUUACCGAUAG